GUCAAACGGCAGAGGCAGUAAUACAUUGUCAGGCUUUUCACAGACGGAAGCGCGGCCUGUGUGCUGGCGGAACACGAGCGUAAACAAUGGCGCUCAAACAGACUCAUUCGCGACUUAAAGUUGUUGGCGUUAAAUCCCCAAUAAAGAGGUAUGACCCUGAUUUUAAUCAACACAGAGUUGGCGUUAGAAGUUUUGUGCCAGCGCAAGCGACCAUUUCACCAACAACGUCGCGUUUGACAAGUGUCACCGCAUCGCCGAGUGUCCGGGGUGUCAUCCCUCCGACCUCCGAGCAGCCGCUGUGGAGAAGGAGACGAGCUACUGGAGGGAAGGCGUUACAUCUUUCUGCAGUGACAAAGAUGACCACAAGAGAGCUGAGUACCUCCAUGAGAGCCUUCCAGUAUGAUUUGAAACCAGGAUUCCCUGAAGGUGAAGGCGGGAGGCUGUUCUUUGAUACACAUGCAGUGGUACAGCUCUUUGAGGAAAAUGGCUUCACAACUCAGCAAGCUGAGGUGGUGGUUAAAGUACUGGUGAGGAUGACAAACUCUAACAUGGACGUCAUCUAUAAUGACAUGGUAACCAAAGUGCAACAGGAGAUCAUGUUACAGCGUGUGAUGUCUCAAAUAGCGACUGUAAAGAAGGACAUGAUCAUUCUUGAGAGGAGCGAGUUUUCUGCAUUACUGGCAGAGAAUGAGAAACUCAAGAUCCAGUUAUUGCAGUUCAAGGUCCAACUGGCUGAUGUCAUGAAUAAAGUGCGCUCAGACUCUAUUUUGAACAUGAAUUUGGAGAAAAGUCGCGUAAAAGAAUUGAAAGCAGAGCAUGACAAGAAGCUUUUAGAGAUGCGAACAGAGAUCAUGGAAAUGACUGCUGAGCAAGAUCUUCAUUUAACUCAGACCAACAUGAAAAUAGACACUGAAGUGGCUGGCUUGAAAACCAUGCUAGAAGCUCAUAAACUGGAUACCAUAAAAUACCUUGCAGGUUCAGUGUUCACCUGUCUCACUGUGGUCUUGGGUUUCUAUCGUAUUUGGAUGUAAACAGGAUUAUAAAUAUGAUUUUUAGCAUAAUCCCUGGUAAGACUUGAACGUUCAACGCAACAGUCAGAGAACAAAUGUCUUUUAUGUUGGAAAGUUUGCAUUAUUUUUUUAAGUACAGGCUAUGGAAAAUUGUAUCUACCACCAGAUCACUGGUGGAAAUUUUUGAAAAAAAUUACAUUUUUACUCUUAAAGGAUGUAACCCCCUCAGGGCUGAAACCAGUCAUUUUUUCAUGCAGGAACAUAGUUGAUAAAUGUAAUAAAGUUUUAGACAUUCCGGUUUUAUUCAGAUGGGAUUUUUCCCCCCCUAAAGAUAGUCCCUAUUUAUUAAUAUGGUGCGCAAAUAAUUAAAUACUGCUGUGUUAUUCAGACAAUGGCAUUUGAAACUGAAGUUAAACUAAAAAAAUGUUAUGUAUUAGCUUUGUUAUGUCUGUAUCAGUGUGACUCUUAACCACUCCACUAUAUUAUCACAUAUAUCUAACUUCUAUCCAUCUUUCUGCUUUGGAGUUUCAGAAAUGUUUUAACAGGAUCCUUACAUGUAUGUUAUUUGAAUGACAUCUCUGAAUUGUCAAUAAAUAUAAACUUUGUGUCUUAUGUGUAUCAC